AUGAUUUACAAUAUGAUACAUGAAAUGGGAACACUUCAACAAUGAGUUUAUUUUCGUGUCUUUUUGCAAUGUAUUGUUUUUUUGUAGGUACUCAAUUUCGAAGCAAAAUUGUUAGCCUACGCAACUUUAUUGUUAAUUUUCAACUCCUAUAAAAGCCAUUGCCUUAAGAUGAAGUUAAUAUCAGUUCGUAAAUCAAUUUCAACCUCGACUUAACAUGAUUUCAUUUACAGCUAUAACAAAUUUAAUCUUCUUGGGAGGUUUAGUUAUAUGUUUGGGGGGUCAAACGACAUCGCAGGAAAAAAGACAAAUAGACAAUGGUUCUUUUCAAAACUCUGAAUACUCAUAUUCUAAGCCCAAGUUCGGUCCAGAUCCCUCCAUAUACAACAAUGGAUAUCAGUACAGCCCUCCAAAUAACGGCGCUGGAUAUCAUUAUAAAAAUCCAUCACAAGUUCAAAAUACAGAUGGUCUUGAUUUCGGCUCUCAUGUUUUAGAGAAAAACAAGAAGAAACCAUUUAAUAGUGGAUACCCAACAUCUAGUGAAUACGUGUCAAGUCCUAUUCAAGGAAGUAAUAUGGAACAUUUUCAACGACAUUUUUCGGACAUAGGCUAUCAUUAUGAUACCCCACAUACCCACUAUGGAAAUUUCAAAUCUACAGCGAAUUUAAAUAACCCCAAACAGUCAACUAGCUUUCAUUCAAAUUUUAAAGGCAGUUCAUACCUGCCAUCAUCCAAUAAUGAUUUUCAAUAUGCACAACAGCAAGGAUUUCUGGAACAGAAUUAUGCAUCAGUCGUGGAUGGUUACAAUUAUGAAAGCCCCAAACAUUCUGGUUAUAAUUAUAAUAAACCUCAACAGUUUGGUCAAGCUGCAUCAGGUUUCAAAGGGCCAUCAUAUCUCCCUUCGCCUACCUCACUCGUAUCCAGUAGUCAGAAUGAAGGCUUUAGCCAUGGAUAUGCGUAUGAAAAGCCGUCAACAGUUGCUUUUAAGGGAUCACCUUACUUACCAAACCCGCCUGUUUCAAGUGGGUGGUAAACAUUGAGUCAUUGUUUUAUGUUAGUGUUUAUUUUAAAUUAUUAUUGAAGUUGUUUUAAAUAUUCAUUUGUACAUAUGUAUAAAAAAAUGUAUAGUUGUUUUUCAUUUUUUAUUGAAAUAAAAAAUCAAAGAAAGCA